UCGGUUCUUUUCAGACCAUGGAGGACAACAGGAACCACGUGGAACUUUUGGCAAAAGUUAAGAAGGAUGUGCGAUCAUUACUCAUGUCAGCUAAGCUGGGGUUGGAUCCUGACCAGCUCAGACGAGACUAUGUCACCAUGUUGGGACAUCCCAUGCCUCUGAAACAGUUGGGCUUCAGGAAUGUUAUGGAUAUGGUUCAGGAGAUGCCGGAUGUUGUUUCUGUUCACUACAGGCCUGAUGGGAGUUUCUAUUUAAAGGCCAUCAGUGACGAGAAUACCCAAAAUAUUGAGGAGCUAGUAGCCAGGCAGCGGUUAUCUAGGUCUGACAAGAUCAAGAAUAUUCGUUCUACUCGUUACGAUCGGCCCUCAUUUACACCGCUCCCUAGAAGAGGCCACGUUCCACCAGCCCUCCCUGCCAAUCUGAAGACACAGCUACGUAUCCUGCUCUCGGAGGGUUCACUAAGGCUGUCUGACCUAGAGGCCUGUUAUUUGCGCUACUUUGGCCACCCAAUUAACAUCCACAACUAUGGUUACUACUCCGUCGGAGAGAUGGUAGCGGCAGCAAAAGACAUGAUCGUAAUCAAUCAAGGGAGGCUGGGCUCAGUUCUGUCACUGAGGGAACACCUGAUGCCCAGGCUGGGUAUGAAAUGGAACAACCCUCCGAGAACCGGGCCAGAUAACCCGUCAUCUUUUUCCUCUUAUAGUCCAUCCUUUAAAAACUCUGACACCAAAAUCCCUGCAAAGACAAAACCUUCAGUAGUUUUUGUGAAGCAGGGCCCAUUGAAGCCACCAGCUAAGGAAGUGUCAGAAAGCAGUCGCCACCUAGUGAUGAGCGAUAAGAGCUGUGACGUUAAACAAGCUCCCUGGGAAGAUGGUGGGCUCUUUUGUCAAAAUGUGAUUAAGCAUGAGAAGGAGCUUCAUCAUCAGAUCUUGGAGUACAGUGUUGCUGGCACAGUUAGUCAAGAGCUGAAGGACAAGCUACGGAAGGUUGUUGGUGAGACAACUGAUGGAUUAUCAGUUCACGAUCUCUCUGCUGAGUACAAGAGGGUAUAUGGAGAAGACCUGCCAUUUCAGCAGAGCGGAUUUCUCAGUGUAACUGAACUUGUCGGUGCCCUGAGCGACAUUUUCCACCUAAAACCAACAGAGGACAACCGUGGCAACAGUUGGAUAGUGGUGGAUUUAAGGGAUCGGGACAAAACGCAACCAGGUACUGACCGUGCUAGGAUGUCACCUAAGAGCCACUACUUUAGCUUAAGGGAAUGCCAGUGGGAAGAGAAAUCAAAAGAUAUUGCAUCCAGUGAUGAGAACGAUGAGCUGGAGUCUGAGGUUUCCAGUAUUCAUGAAAUGAUGCCUGAGAUAUACCCUGUCAUACAGGUGCAUCCCAGAUCCUCUGUGCCCCUCGACGCCAUGCUAAAUCAACGUCUCAAACCGCCGACCCGCCGCCAAGCUCGGGAGCUAAUCCAAGUCUUGGUGGAGCAGGUGGAGACACCGGGAUCUUUCUACAUCCGAUUCAGUGAGACUGAGGAGGCGUGUGCUUUGGAGACCCUAAUGUUUGACAUGAGACGUUGUUACACCUGUCCUGAAGUGUCAGAGGAGUACCACCUUCCUCAGCCAUUUGUCAGACAGGGUCAGGUCUGCUGUGUGUCACCCAAUAGACUAUGGUUCUAUCGAGUGGUGAUCCACAGAAUUGUAAACGCUUCUGAUGUUGAGGUUUUUUAUGCUGACUUCGGUGAUGUGGCUUUGGUCCCAGUUCAAGACUUAAAAUUUCUUAAGUCCAGUUUUUCUGAACUUCCAGCACAAGCUGUUCCUUCAGCGCUCACUGGAAUCAAGCCAACUUCAGAUACCUGGACUGCAGAAUCCACUGCUUCCUUCAAGAAACUCUGUUCUGAUCACACCCUGGUCGGCGCUCUGGACUGCUACACUGGAGAUGUGCUGCAGCUCUACCUGUGUGACACACACACAGAUCAGGACAUCUACAUACACACAGCCCUGAUUAACCAAGGCCAUGGCAUCGCCUGUAGACCUGCAACUCCAACAACAGUUUGCAUGAAGGUCACACCAGUGAGUCUUUACAUGGGAGAGGGAAUGGUUGAGCUGCCAGAAAUUGACGAGGAGCUGAUUGCAUCUCUUAAAUCAGGAGAAAAUUUUGGACAAUCCAAAGAGACCCCAGUGAAGGAUGAUGACGAGGAGAUGCCAGCUCUGGAACUGAUUGAAGAGAGUGAAUUCAUCCCUCAUAUUAAGGGUGAUGCUGACAAGGUGAUGCCACCUCUGGAGCUUAUUGAGGAGAGUGAAUCCAUCCCUCAUGUUGAAGCUAAGGAUCCCGACCCUUCCUGUGGCAUUUUACCUGAUCGGAACGUCGGCUGCAGUGAAAAAGCGUUGGCCUCCGCAGAUGAAUCGACGUUAAAGGCUGAUGCAAGUCUUGCACCACCAGGCCUGUUCCAGACCAAGAAUAGCGCUUCUUGUAAAACUGAAACUAAAGCGCUGCACAUAACUUCUACUCCGACUCCACCCAGCUCAGACUCCACCACCUGCUGGUCACAAGAAGAAAUGACACAAACCAUGAAAGUCAAAACCUCAUUUAUUGGACCAUCUUUGAUAUAUAAGACGCUGAACCAGGGCUGCUCUAAAGGUCAGCCUGGUCUGCUGCGUGUUGGUCCCACGGCGGGGGGGUUUGGUUUUGGCUUAGAAGCGGCGCAGUGCGCCCCGGACUCCGGCUCAUCCUUGGAGAAGUGCCGCUGCAGCCCCAUCCCUGCGCUGUAA